CUUGCUUUUAACUUUCUCACAUAUUCAUCUCACAUUCUUCAACUUUUUCUCUACGUUCCUACUUCUUUUACAUUUUCCUUUCUUUGUUUUCUUUCACAAUGUUGGCUGAGUUAAAAAUAUGGCUGUUGUUACUUUCUUUUCUCGUGGUUUCAUCAAACAUGCAACUUCAUGUUCAAGCAGUGCCCCAAGUACCUUGUUUUUUCAUUUUCGGAGACUCCCUAGUGGAUAAUGGCAAUAAUAACGGGCUUCCAACAAAGGCUGUAUCUAAUUACCCUCCAUAUGGUAUUGACCUUCCUCAAGGGCCCACAGGAAGAUUUAGCAAUGGCCUAACCAUGGUUGACAUAUUAGCUCAAAUUUUGGGCUUCGACAAGUACAUUCCACCCUUUGCAAAUCUUGCUAGCUCGGACAUACUCUUAGGUGUGAAUUAUGCGUCUGCCGCAGCUGGAAUUCGUGAAGAAAGUGGGAGUCACUUGGGUGUUCGGAUCAGCUUGGAUAAACAGUUGGUGAAUCACGGAAUAACAUUUUCUCGCAUUACUGAAAGUCUAGGAAGUAAAGAUUCAGCCACUCAGCACCUAAAUAAAUGCUUAUAUUAUGUUGGAAUGGGAAGUAAUGACUACAUUAACAACUACUACAUGCCCCAAAAUUACUCCACAAGCCAGAACUAUACUUCAGAGCAAUACGCUGAAGCUCUUAUUACGCAAUAUGGUAACCAAAUCAAGACUUUGCACAGUUAUGGAGCAAGGAAGGUUGCAAUAUUUGGAGUAGGACCAAUAGGAUGCACUCCAUUUGCAAUUACAUCACAUGGCACAAAUGGUUCUUUGUGCGUGGAUACGAUUAACUUAGAUGCCCAACUCUUUAACAAGAAGCUUGUAUCACUUGUGGAUCAACUGAAUAAGGAACUAACUGAUGCAAAAUUUAUAUAUGUGGAUAUUUUGGGGAUUGGAUCAGGGGAUCCAUCCCUUGCUGGUUUCAAGGUUGCAAAUGUUGGGUGUUGUCCAGUUGAUGAAAUUGGGCAAUGUAUUUGUUCCAAAACUCCAUGCCAGAAUAGGAGUGAGUACACAUUCUGGGAUUCUUUCCAUCCUACUGAAGCUGCUAACAAAAUCUCUGCAGCUAGAUCAUAUCAGAAUUUUUUGAAAACUGAUACCUAUCCGAUGGAUAUUAGUCACCUAAUUAAGCUUUAAUCAAGGAGCCCCAGCCGAUGGUCUAAUCCUUUAUUAGAAAUUUUUUAUUUUUUGGUUAAUAACUUUUCUCAAAUGGAACUGCUAGACAUAUUUUUCAUGUUGUAUAUGGCAUUUUUCUGAUUAAGCAAUUUCAGCAUUUCAGGUUCAUCCAUGCAAUUGUGGCUCUACUCUUCCGAUAUUUAAGAUUGCUAUAUGGAUAGGAGAAUAUCUUAACGAAAUAGUAUUUCAUAAACACGAGAACUGUUAAAUUAAAGAAAGUCAAACAAAUAUAUAGUUGUAAUUGGCAAAAUAUAAAGUAGAAUACAAAAAAAUAGCACAAAUGAUUUGUAUUUCUUAGGUAUGUAUUUUUCUUACGUACACUUUUUUAAAUCUUAAUUUUAAGAUUUAGUUGUUAGCUUAUUAGACACAGCCCUCCCUUGCACAUAUCACGCCAAGUUGGUGGGAUCUAGAUAUUAACAGGACACUCCAUACACUUCCAAAAAAAGACAAAACCACCAACUCUUGCACCCAAAAAUUGAUGUUUUCUUUUUCCAAGAGAUGGCAAUAUUUGACAUGACCUAUAUAGUAUUUUAUAUAGAAUUAUUUAAUUGAAUUUGAUCGAGAAAACUAAUAUACAAUAUUUAAGAAAUUGUAUUUAACUUUUACCUAAUAAAUAAUUACUCUCCCAUCUCUUCCCCUCUUACUCUUGUCAUUUAUUAUUUUUCUUCCA